CGUUAGGACGGUCAACACGUGGGGAGGAGAGACAAGAGACACACAUACACACACGCGAAGCGGGGGGACACGUUGGGAUUGUGCUGGGCCUUGAACACGUAACAUUAAUAUUAUACGGUGGCGGUGCAAGGGACGCAUAAACACAGUGAGUAUAAACGUGUAGCUGCUAGGGUCUAGAGGAGAUGCCACUGAGGUUCCGGUCCUUUGUUCCAUAUACGCUUCCUGGAGUGCUGGCGCUCAUAGGCUGGUGGUGGUACAUCUCCCGCAAGAAAGAGCGAAUCACCAGCCACGACAGUGAAGAGGGGUCAGUUAUGGGCUUGCGAACCUCCUCUGGUGAGGGCAGCAAUGGCAUGGUCGACAAGAGCUGCCCCGCUGCCAGCAGCACACACCGCAGAACCAGCAGAGACCGCAUCAAGGCCAAAGAGCACAGACCUGUUGAGCAGGAAGUUGUAGCGGAGAUACACACGCCGGUGCUAAAAGCCACUGCGGGGGAGGCUCUCGGCGCCCCUCCAGUUGUUUUGGCCAGUGGACAGCUAAGCGCUCCUCAGAGCGGUACAAAAUCAGUCCCCUCACAAAGCCACCCAGAGACAACAACUCCUGUCUCAUCUUCAACCCCGACAAAAACAGUGGAGGAGAGCACUCAUCACAAAGCACCAGAGGCCAGCACUGGCAACAAACCCUCAAACCAGUUACCGUCAGAUCUAGCAAGCACUGUUUCAGUCAAAAAGCAGAUCGAAAACCAACCACUAACUAAGCAGCGUCCCACAGUGCUAGCCAAAGCAGAGCGACCUGAACCUGAGGGAGAGGUGGCCGCUGAAACCUCAGCACCGACUUGCACUCAGAAUCUCCCAGCCGACCUUUUAAUAGAUGAGCUGCCCUCUGCUACAUCUUCAACAGCGAGUGAGACGGUCUUGCUGGAGACCUGCAACCCGAAAACGCCACUAACUCUGACCUCGUUCCCUACCUCCACCAGCACGCCCCUUUCAGAAAGCUCCACGGAGGCUCAGCACCAUGAAAACGGAGACCUGGGCUUGCCGACCGAGACCAGUCCAGACAUGCAGGAGCUCCAGCGUCUCGCGGCGGGGCUGAUCACUGAGGUCAUCUCGGCAGCCACCCAGGAGGUCAUGGCGGUCAGCAGCUGUGAGUCCCGGUACAGCAAGGGCUCUGAAGCGUCCGACAGCAGCACGCCGGCUGUAAAUGGCAAGGAAGUGGAGUCGUGUGUACCUCCUGAGAGCGAGGAAAGCACAGAGUCACGGGCGGCGCAGAUAGCAGAAGACGUCGUCAACGGUUGUUUGGCACCUUCGCUCUGGAAGAUGCCGGAGAAUGAGAAGGCAAGAGGCUCAUUGACUGUGCCGUCUGGGGAACAGUUGGAGUCCACGCCGAUUCUGGCCAAGCUGCAGGCGGAAGAAGCUCUGGUGGAAGACUCGGGUUGUAGCACGUGCCAGUCCGAGGAUGGCAUCAGCAGCGAGGAUCUCCACAGCACAGGGUUGUCCUCGAACGUGUCUGAGAGUAAAGAGGACCUCAUUCAAAUUUCAGGGACUUGUAGGGCCUCUGAGGGUCAAGGAGAUGGACUGCAGGAGAGUCUUGCUCUAAUUGCCCCUCAGGAGUCUCCUCUUACCGCAGAAAACGUGGCUACAGUUUGCGAGGCAGCGCGGUUAAAUGGAACAGGCUUUAGAAAUGGCGGUGCUAGUGAGGUAGAAGCCGACCAAUCAGGAGGUUCAGAUGUGAAUAGCAUGGAUUCAGUGGACAGCUGUUCGACCUUGGGGGCGGGAGACGGCCUGCCGAGUGGCAGCCAGACCUGUCAAUCACAGAGCUCUGAGCUUAUUGUGUGGGAGAUUGAGGUGCCAAAGCAUCUAGUGGGACGGCUAAUCGGUAAACAAGGGAGAUAUGUGAGCUUCCUGAAGCAGAGCUCUGGUGCUAAGAUCUACAUUUCAACCCUGCCUUAUACUCAAGAGUUUCAGAUCUGCCAUAUAGAAGGAACCCAACAGCAGGUAGAUAAGGCGCUGGCCUUGAUUGGGAAGAAGUUUAAAGACUUGGACCUGACAAACUUGUACGCCCCACCUCCCCCACCACUAACGCUGCCCUCUCUGCCCAUGACUUCCUGGCUUUUGUUGCCCAAUGGAGUGACGGUCGAGGUGAUCGUGGUGAACAUUGUAUCAGCCGGUCACCUGUUUGUCCAACAGCACACUCACCCUACGUAUCAUGCCCUGCGCAGUCUGGACCAGCAGAUGUUCCUGUGCUAUUCACAACCCGGGACGCCCCCCUUGCCAUCGCCCGUUGAAGUUGGAGUGAUUUGUGCAGCCCCAGCUGUAGAUGGAGCCUGGUGGCGAGCGCAGGUCAUCUCCUUCUACAAGGAUUCAACUGAAGUGGAAAUUCGAUAUGUUGAUUAUGGUGGCUAUGACAGAGUCAAGAUUGACACCCUUCGACAGAUCAGGUCUGACUUUGUGACAUUACCGUUCCAAGGAACAGAAGUGUUAUUGGACAAUAUCGCUCCACUUCCAGGAGAGGAUCGGUUCUCAGCAGAGGCCAAUUCUGCACUGGAAGAGAUGACAAGAGGGGUUCCAUUGCUGGCACAAGUCACCAACUACGACAAUAAUACCGGACUUCCUUUAGUACACAUGUGGAACAUGGUGGGAGAGGAGCUGGUCCUGCUCAACCGCACUUUGGCAGAGCGAGGUUAUGGAACUUGGGUGGACAGUUUCUGAUCCUCCAGAGCUCCCUCGCCCUCCUCUCCUAACUCACUUUGUGGCCCACCUGCCCCUUAAUUAUCACCAAUCACCAUGAAUAUCUGCAGGUUCUGUCCUCCUCACCCCAUCGUGUCCUCCACCACCUCCUACCUGAAGUGUGCAUCACUGGCUCCUGGAGUUUUUUUUUUGUUUUUUUCGUUUGUUUUUUGGUUUGCUGUCCUCUCCAUCCUGCCUUUUUCUAUUUUCUUUUUUUCUUUUCUAUCCCCUUGCGUAAGAAAUCGAUGUACUGUAUGAAAAAAGAAGAGUCAAGCGUCAAUGACCGAACGACCAAUAAGGACUGAAGCUUUCUUGACUCUCUGCUCUUGUAAAUUUAAGAUAUUGUAACUAAAUAAAGGUUAAUCACGUUUUCCGUCCGAUCAGACUCCUUCCAGCACAAAAAAAUGCCUGUGGAUUAUCAUGCCGUGGAUAAAAUCUGUAGUAAUAACGAAAAAAAGUACAUUUAUGAAGAUAACUAUGGUGCAGUUAAGACUCAGAGUUGUUGCUGCUGACGUAAUUUUGGGACUUGAGACAUCAUGUUUGCAUUUACAUUUAUCAUGGCUUAAUCCGGUUGGGUGGGUUUUGAAAAAGCUGAUCUAUAGAUCCGGCAUUGGAAUAAACGACUACAGCUCCUUGUCGUCUAUCUUGAUGUCUGUCUACAACAGUGUGGCCUUCGAGGGUGAUACACAGCCCAUCUCAUGACCUCCCUCUUCACCACACUCUGGAUCUGUAGGACUCCCAACAGCCUUUGGCUUCAAUGGGCCUGACACCAAGAGUCACUUCAUUUACUUCACCGAUUACAGAGUCUGUUAAUCCAGGAGACGUCUGUGCCCUCCUGACCUUUGGGCCUUCAUAGGAAAGACUAUGCUGAGUCUUCAGCCCUAGAGCGACACUAGAGUUUGAAUGGUGCUGCUACAGAAGGCAAAAGGCCAUCCUUUAUGCCGAAUUCUGACCUGUGGGGACACUAAAUGAAUGAUUACAAAAUCCAGAACACUACUGUGUGACGAGGACAGCGGGGCACUUCUAUUCUGGGUGGGUGAACUACAUUCAAUGGAUCUGUGCGUUUCUGUAUGCAUGUAAUUUUGCUGUAAAGCACGUCGAUUCACAUGGCGUAUUAUCAUCUGGUUAAUGGGGCACUUGCUUUUGUCUCACUCAAGAUCCGUCUCGCAAUAACGUCACGUCAAGUAGACCCAUUGCCAUUAAUUUCUCUUUGCAUUCUGUAAAUAACAUGGUACACGGUGUCCAAUCCCAACAACCCACCCAAUUGGCUACUAGGAGAAGCUGACAAUACACCUACCUGUCUCGGAGAAGAUAAAAAGCUUUAAGCCUUAUCCAUUUCUCUUUUUUUAUGUUGGUUUUACAUGGGAUGUCUUUAGGUCUGCUUUAUUACUGUAUAAUUUGUGGAAGCAUAAUGGCACAGAGAUUAAUAUUCCUUUUUUUUUUCUUUUUUUGUAUCUUGUCAUUGAUCAUGCUCUUUCAGUCAUGUAAUGGCUUUUUGGCCAAGGCUCGUCCCUUUUUCUGCUGCUGAAUUAUUUCUAAUCUAAUGUUGUUGGACUCCAGAAUGUCUAAGGUCGUCCUUGCAGAAGACUUUUCCAGGCUUUUAGCUUGGCAUUGUGGUUUUUUUUUUUUUUUUAAGCCCUACAGUUGUUAGCCUCUAAAGCCCUGUGAUAAACUUUCAUUCGUGUGAUUAAAAAUAAACUAAAGCUCCCCGUUAAGGCUUAUAUUAGCCUUGACCAGAAAAAAAAUUGGGUAAAAACAGAAAAUAUAGGUUUUUACACUUCUUUUGAUUCUGUAAUACACACCGCUGACUUUAGUUGUAGUAUAGAGCGCUAAAUAUGUGAAAACUGACAGCGUCGGAAAGUAACGUCAGCUUUAAAGCUAGUUGUCUGUGAGAGGCAUUACACGGUUUUCCACUCUGCUAUGUUUUCUGCAAUAUUUCCCUCACAAGCUCUUGUUUCUGUACUGUCCUGCGUUCAUCUCAGGUAUGAGCUUUUCAUUUCUUACCUUUGUGUUUAAGGAGAAAUAUUAGUCCUAUUCUUUCAGGAAUUGAUGUACUUGACCUGUGUGAACGAGCGCGGCCCAUUAUAGGUCUGCCUGCACUACAGCAGGUGAAUAAGGAACCACACCGACCUCAGAGCCGAAACGUUUCAUUGUUCUGUGUUUAGGUUUGCUCGUUUUACGGUUUUUGUAUCGAUCAAGUCAAAUUACUCUCUGCGUACGCUCAUAUCUUGACUGACAUGGCCUCCUACCACCAGUUCAAAUGUGUCCUCCUGUAUGUUCCUACCUGCUCUUCUGUAAUGAAAAAUCACGCUACUUUAGACUUGUCCAGGUGUGUGUGUGUGUGUGCGUGUAUAUAUAAGAUGUCUCACUGUACUUUUGUAAAAACACUGGAGCGAGUGUAGGAAACAAAAGGGAACAUUAUUAUUAUUUUUUUCCACCCCCACCUUGCGAAAUCUGCUCAUUUGUUCUCUGUUGGUAGGAAUGGUUUGAAAUGUUUGCUAGCUAGACAAUUAAUCAUUUGAUUAUUUAAAUGAGUGUAAGAAGUCCUGCAUAGACAUGUACAGGUCAGUUUUUGCCAGACUCAUUAAAAGGUUUGAUUCUUUGGUUGUACAGAUCUAUUGGGAAAAAAAGAAAAUAAAGUUAUUAAAAACA